CGAUCACUCAAACUUUGCUAUUCCAUAAGAAUUUAUCACAAUGCAGCUCUCAAACCUGAUUUAUCUUGCAAUUGGAAGUAUUUUACCAAUGUCAAAUGCUUUCGCAUUGGAUUCUAGAGAUGUCCCUGGCCCAGGUGCAUGCUGGAAAGCGUCAAACACAUGUUAUGGUGAAUAUAGUGGGUUUUAUAACGGCCACACGUACAAAAAUUAUUCAUACGAUUGUAACUGCGCAACCCCAUGUUUGGUAGAUGGAACAGAGUGUGUUGCAGUAUAUGAACCAGCUCCCGGCGAAGGUGAUGGGCUUAUCGUUGACUGUUCUAAUGUCAAAUGUUCAUAA